AUGGCUACGAUAUCAAACCCACAGAGCAAUUUGGUUCCAAGAUCAAAGAUAUCAACGACAUUUGGAUUAUCAAAAGAUUUAUCAUCCCCAAUUACCGUUAAAAUAUGUUAUCUUGAAUGUACAAAAGAAUCAGUUCAACUAGUUCCAUUAUCUACGAAAUUUGAAGAUCCUUCAGUUUUCAAAAAAUUAUCACAAAUUUAUAAGAAUUCUGAUUUAUUUGUUGAAAUUAGGGUAUAUGAUGGUAAGAAUAAUAAUCCAAUAAGUACUCCUGUUAGAACUUCAUAUAAAUCAUUCAAUAAUAAACUGAGAAUUUGGAAUCAAUUUUUAAAAUUGAAUAUUGAUUAUAAUCAAGUAUCAAUUGAUUCAUAUAUGAAAUUUACUAUUUGUGAAUAUAUUGAUACUAAACCUAGUGUGUUUGGAGUAGCUUAUUUAUCAUUAUUUAAUCAUGAAUCAUCAACACUACGGAACGGAUCGCAAAAAAUCCCCAUGUAUACUGAACUAGAUGCCACUAGUCAUUGUCAGGAUAUACAGUACGGAGAUUUAACAGGAUUGACUGAUUUGGAGAAAAGUUUAAUUGACUAUGAAAAUGGUAAAUAUCUGAGAUUAAAUUGGUUGGAUAAAAUGGUACUACCAAAACUUCGUCAAGUAAAUCCUAAAAUUGAGAGUGACCAUGAUUAUUAUUUAUAUAUUGAAUUACCUCAAUUUGAAUUUCCUGUGGUAUAUUCCGAUGUUACAUAUAAAAUCCCCACAGUUACACCGAUUACAGAUCCUACACCUGCUACAGACGGCUCUUUGAAUUCUAAUAUUAUUAUAAAUUCAAUUGAAAUACCCAUGUCAACUUCUACUGAUCCUAAAAUAAUGAAAGUAUAUGAUCCUGAUUUUCAAAUUACGGCUAAUAAUCAUGCCAACCCCAAUGCCAAUAUAUUUGAUCCAAUUGAGUUGAAGUAUCGAAAAUUAGAAAGAAACAUCAAUAAUAACUCUAUAUUAGAUAAAGAGUUAAAGCCAACACCUGAAUUGAGAGAUGAAUUGUUGCAUAUUUUAGUGAAACCUUCAAAUGCUGAAUUGUCAGACAAUGAAAAGAAUCUUAUUUGGAAAUUUCGGUACUAUUUUAGUAGAAAUAAUUCUGUUAAUGAUCCAAGUAACAAGUCAGUAAAAUCGUUCUUGCCAAAAUUUUUGAAAUCAAUAAAUUGGGAGAACGAUUAUGAAUUGGAUCACACUUUCAAGGAAAUAAUUCCCUAUUAUUGGAGUGUUGAUAAAUUACAAAUAGGUGAUGCUCUAGACUUGUUGGGUGAUUACUUCAAUCCGUACACUUUAGGGAAGCCGAUAUUUCAGGAUGAGCCUCUGGUAGAUACCUCCUCAAAAGAUCCGAAAUUAAAAGAUGAUGAAAAGAGAUUUAUGAAGAUAUUCAAUAAUGUGUGCUAUUUAAGGAAACUUGCAGUGGAGAGAUUAAGACUUGCAAGUAGUGAGGAAUUGUUGUUAUAUUUGCUUCAAUUGGUUCAAGCAUUGAAGUAUGAAGCAUUGAUUUAUGAAAGAAGUCCUAUUAAUCUAGAUAAGAAAAACUCAACAAAUGGUGAUGAGCUGCCAUUGACAUCACCAUUGGCUAAUUUCUUAAUUGAAACUGCUGUUGAGAAUGAUAAAUUGGGUAAUUUCUUUUACUGGUAUGUCAAAGUUGAGAAUGAAGAUCAAUUGAAUAACCCUCAUCCUGAUGGUGCAAUUAAAAUUUAUUCCGUGAUACUUAAUCGAUACAUUGAAAUGCUUAAAGCACAUUGCCAUGAAAACAAAUUACCAUAUUAUAAGCAUUUGAAACAUCAAAUCUGGUUCAUCAAAAAAUUAACCGGUUUGGUUGAAUUGUUAAGAGCCUCCUUCAAGAAAAAUGAAGCUACGGCAAAGAAAGUUGAAUAUCUUCGAGAGUAUUUAGCUAGUUCAGGAAACGGAUUACUCAAAUUUCCAGAACCUUUUCCAUUACCAUUAAAUCCAUCUGUUAUAGUAUGUGGAUGUUAUCCAGAAGAAUCAUCUGUGUUUAAAUCAUCAUUGGCACCUUUGAAGAUUACUUUGAAAACAAUUGAAAAGAAGAAACCUACACAUGCUACAUCGCAAAUAUUUGGUAAGAAAUCCAAAUACGGCAAAUACCCGUUGAUGUUUAAGAUUGGUGAUGAUUUAAGACAAGAUCAGUUAGUUAUUCAAAUCAUUAAUUUAAUGGACCAGUUACUUAAAAACGAGAAUCUUGAUUUGAAGUUAACUCCAUACAAGAUUCUAGCGACUAGUCCUAUUGCUGGUUUGAUUCAAUUUGUACCUAACGAAACUUUGGAUUCAAUUUUGUCUAAAACAUAUCCUUCGUCAAUUACAGAUAGAUCGUCAUCACUUCCUCCUACUAUUGCAAAUAAUGGAAUACUCAACUACCUUCGAUUACAUAGUCAGGAGCAACAAUCAGUUGAGCCCGUUUCCAAAAGUAUACUAAGCAGUCACAGCAGUAGUACGGCAACACUUCCUCCACAACCUAAGCCUGCAAUUACAUCUGAUUUGGGUGUCUCCCCAAUACUUAUGGAGAAUUAUGUUAAAUCUUGUGCUGGAUAUUGUGUAAUUACUUAUAUUUUAGGUGUUGGUGAUAGACAUUUAGACAACUUGUUGUUAUCACCAAACGGGAAAUUCUGGCAUGCUGAUUUUGGGUAUAUUCUUGGAAGAGAUCCAAAACCGUUCCCGCCAUUGAUGAAAUUACCAAUUCAAGUAAUUGAUGGUAUGGGUGGUUUAAAUCAUGAGAAUUAUAAUAUUUUCAAAAGUUAUUGUUUUAUAACAUAUACAACUUUACGCAAAAAUAGCAAUUUGAUUUUGAAUUUGUUCCAAUUAAUGUUGGAUGCAAAUAUACCUGAUAUACAAUUUGAUCCACUGCGAGUAAUUGAAAAGGUACAAGAGAAAUUUUGUUUGCAAAUGACUGAAGAAGAAGCCAUAUUACAUUUCCAGGAUCUUAUCAACGAUAGUGUUAAUGCAUUUUUACCUGUGGUUAUUGAUAGACUUCAUAGUUUGGCCCAAUACUGGAGGGCAUGA